AGCGGCCCACUCAGCGAUCGCGAGCAAUGCGAUUUAGAACUGCAAUCGGAUCGAAUCCCAAUCGCAGUUCCGUUGAUAACUCAACUCAGUCAUUCUCAAGUGUCGUGUGUGAUCGAAAGUACAUCCGCAGUGAAAACCCCAGCUGAAAAACAUUAAAACUGAAAAAUUCCAGUUCUCAAAUAAGUGACAAACAGUCAAAAUGCAGUUACUAAACUUGGUGUGCCUCAAGCAAAAGGUGGCACACAUCGCCAACAACAACAACAACCAGAACCCAAGCAAAGAAUCCCACGAAAGAGAUCCGAAGGAUACAGGAAUCUUUGGUUGCUUUGCCAAGAAGGAAGAUCAGCAUCAGCACAAUUCAAAAAAGGAACACUCGGAAGAGCACAAAGAAAGUUCCAACUCGGGCAGCUAUAAAGUGCAGAAAAAGGAGCAGGAACAGCAGAGGGAAUCGGAAAACGAGCAUCCAUCCGUUUACCGGCAGCAAGACGAGGAGUUCCAUCCGAUACAAACACAGGAGGAGGAGUUUCAUCCAAUAAAAAAGGAAGAGCCCCGUAAAACCCCACCAAUAUCGAAGCAACCACGUCCACGAAAUACCACGAGAUCGCAGAGUCAGCCUGCUAUAAACAACCGACGACGUCCAGGAACCCCGCCACCACACACAACCGCCGCUGGAAACGGAACCGGAAGCAGGAGCAUGACCUCCAUACCCGCCAAUCUGUCAAGCAAUAAUGUGGCUGGAGCAGCAACCCUGCCAGGAGCUGCCGUGCCGCCAGAGAAACAGCCCUGGCCCAACUCCAAGGACGAUUACGAGCUGAGGGAUGUCAUUGGUGUGGGCGCCACAGCCGUCGUCCAUGGCGCGUACUGUAUCCCCAGGAACGAGAAGUGCGCCAUUAAGCGCAUCAACCUCGAGAAGUGGAACACGUCGAUGGACGAGCUGCUCAAGGAGAUUCAGGCCAUGUCCUCUUGUUUUCACGAGAACGUUGUGACCUAUCACACCUCGUUUGUGGUGAGGGAAGAGCUCUGGCUGGUCCUCCGACUCCUGGAAGGUGGUUCUCUGCUGGACAUCAUCAAGCACAAGAUGAGGACGGCGAAUUGCAAACAGGGCGUCUUUGACGAGGCCACCAUAGCCACGGUACUCAAGGAGGUUCUCAAGGGACUGGAGUACUUCCACUCCAACGGGCAAAUUCACCGAGAUAUCAAGGCGGGCAACAUCCUGAUAGGUGAUGAUGGCACCAUCCAAAUCGCUGACUUUGGCGUGAGCGCUUGGCUGGCCACUGGCCGGGAUUUGUCCAGGCAGAAGGUGCGCCACACCUUUGUGGGUACACCCUGUUGGAUGGCCCCCGAGGUGAUGGAGCAGGAUCAUGGCUACGAUUUCAAGGCGGACAUCUGGUCCUUUGGCAUCACAGCGAUCGAAAUGGCCACGGGCACGGCACCAUAUCACAAAUACCCGCCCAUGAAGGUGCUUAUGCUGACCCUGCAGAAUGAUCCGCCUACCCUGGACACGGGUGCCGAUGAUAAGGAUCAGUACAAGGCCUAUGGCAAGACAUUCCGCAAGAUGAUCGUCGAGUGUUUGCAAAAGGAACCAUCGAAAAGGCCCACAGCUAGUGAGUUGCUGAAGCACGCCUUCUUCAAGAAGGCCAAGGAUCGCAAGUAUCUCACCCAGACGUUACUGCAAUCCGGACCCAGCAUGGAGACCAGGGUUCACAAGGCGGCGAAACGACAGCCGGGUGCAUCGGGUCGUUUGCAUCGCACGGUGACGGGUGAAUGGGUGUGGUCCAGCGAAGAGGAGGACAAUGGCGGCUCUGUCUCGGGCUCGGGAUCUGGAGGUGGCCGAAAACACCCCUCUUCGGACUCGGACUCCGAGGAUAGGCCCAUAAAUCGGCUGGAAAGAGCCGACUCCUCGGACAGCGACCGUGAAGAACCGUCGCCCGAAAUAACGCAUAGUGUUUCCUCAGCCACAGUGACGCCUGGAGCUCCCGCAGCAGCUGCUGCCGCCACCCAAGAGCUAACAGCUGGCCUGGCUCAAUUACCAUUACCCAGCGAUUCCGCCGGUGAGGCGCCACCAGUCAAUCUUGUCCUGCGCAUGCGCAACUUGCGUCGCGAACUCCACGACAUUCGGUUCGAGUUCGUGGUGGGCAAGGAUACGGCCGAAGGCAUCGCCACGGAACUAGUGGAUGCGGGUCUCGUUGAUGCCCUGGACACUCACCCCAUGGCCCAGCAUCUGGACCAACUGAUAGCGGCCAGUGCCACGAUGAAAACGAUUACUUUCCAAUUGAGCUCCGGCGUGCAGCCGGGUGAGGUGCCCGACGAACGAUCACUUGUUGGCUACGCGCAGAUCUCCAUCACGGACUAGUGAUCUGCCCUGGAGCAUGGAUCACAGUCAACCCUAACCCAUCACAAGAGCAUCCCAAACACCACUACAGCACCACCAUCCCCGAUUAAAACCAAGCCAGUCUGAUGAUACGUAAGGCCAGGAGGGUUCGGGAUCUGGAUUCGGGAUUCCCCAACUGGAGAGCCGCUGCCGUUUGCUGCUUUUAGCACUAGACUAGAACUAACUGUAUAUGCUAGUGAUAGAUCUUAACGCGAGCUGAUCGUUUACUAUAUAGAGAAACUAUCUAUACAAACAUAUAUAUGUUUAAAAGGAUGGGUCGAUUUUGGUUGAUACCGAUAACGUGGGGGAAAUUAGAUGUUUGAAGCUAUUGGUAUAAUAUUAUUUUAAAAACUAUGGGUCAGGAAAUAUAGGUGCUCGAUACACUUACCAAUCAGUUGAAAUAUUUCCAUAUUUAUUCAACCAGCAAAUCGGCCCACCCCGAAGUUUUAUAUAUGCCUUACCUACUAUAAAAAUCCUUUGCGCAUUGUAAUUAAUCCAUGUGCCCCGCCCCUGGACCCGCAAUCGCCCACUUGUUUUGGCCCCGCUAAAGUAGCUAAAGUAAUUGAAGAAUCGUGUACUUAUUCGUUUUCGUUUCGUUCGUCUUUAAGUAGCUCUGUACAUACACCACACAUAUAUAUCUAUAUAUAGCUCUUGUUUUUAAUUAGCCCACUGAAAUCAGUAGAUCCUGAUGUAGUCCUGCCUUUAAAUAUCAUUUACCGAUUACCGAUCGCUCCCCCGCCAGGCGCCUCUAAUUUAUUCUCUAGCAAUCUAAACUACUAAUUUUUAAAGCCUAGCGGAUAAGUCUUGUUUUUGUUUUACUCUUAUUAUUUUAUAUUUUAACUUAUAAUUUAUCACUCUACUCUGUUACCCACUGUAUGAGUUUUUGAUAAGAUCGCAAAAGGAUGUAAUCUUUAAGUGAGGCCAGAGGAAGAUACCGAGAGAGAACAGGAGAGUAGAAAUUAUAAUUCAAGCUCUGUAACUACCUUGAAGUAAAUCGUAAAUCAAUUACUUUAAAAAUGAAUAUUAUUAAACAUCAUAUAGUUAAAGAAAGAAAAUCACAAAAAAAAAAGAAACGAAAA